AUGACAACCACCCCGAUUGGCAGUCCCGCCCACCAGGCGUCUAUCGAGCCAGAGAUGCCAACGCCGCAGCGCAAAGAUAAGGGCAAGGCGCCUGCCACCAGCUCGUCUGUCCACGACUUCACCGACAUCGCUAGCGAUAGCGAGAGCGGCCUUUCCGACGAUCCCGCUCCAUUCGCAGGUCGAGAACUCAAAAACAAGCCAAACUCUCCACACGAGAAGUUCGCUCCCCACGACACCGACCCGUCCAAGAUCGAGGCCUCUUUUAAAAUCAAGUUGCCAGAUGGCAGCGGCUGGUUCACGCAAACUGAUAUCAUCCCAGAGCAGCGAGACUCUGCCGACGAGGAUCUCUACGAUGCGCGUGCUAGCGUCUUCUUUCCCGACCUAGAGAGCCGCAAGGUACCAAAGAAGGAUAAAGAGAAGAAGAGCGAUGUCGUAGUCCGCUGGAACAAGGUCGCUGCUUUCCGCUGGGAGCGCGACUUCAAGGGCAACCACGAGGUCUUUACUCCUAGCAUAGCUCUUCGCCGGUUCAACGCCCGUACACACGCCUAUGAGCACAUUCACAUCGGCAUCUCAAAGCUCAAAGACAUCGAUCCCAACGACAAGGUCUGGAAAGAUGCGUACAACAAGUGGAUCGACCAGAUCUCGCGGCGCUCAAACGCAGACUACGAAAAGAAGAAGACGCGGGAUCACUGGACGGCUGGCGAGAUCUGCGCCAUGUACACAGCCAUCAACGCCUUUAUCCACGACAACGGCAUCGAUGCAUACGAUACCAUGACUUCGGCGGACCUCCAAGCAAUCACCGAUGCGAUCAACGCUGUUGGUGGAAAAGCGCGCGGACUGGACGCUCUACGUGGCCAGAUCACGUCCGCUCACGAGACCAAGAACCACACCAUGUGGUAUCUCCGCGAGCACGCUCGCGACUUCCGGCUGAUGAUUGAGGGUGGCGGCGAGGUCACUGACGACGAGCGGUAUCCCGAACACAUCAUUCCCUUGUCCGAGUUUCCACUCGAGAAGCGUGUCAAUCACCGGAAGAGCGGACGGACACGUAGAACUGGGACGUACAAGAGCAAGUUCCGAUCGGUUGGCACACAGACUGAUGACGAUAAUGUUUACCGCGAUGAUGUGUACAGUGCAGCUGGCAACAACAACGCAGUAUCCACAAGUCGUUCCAAGAAGCGUAAGCGCGCUGCGCCGGCUUCUGAUAGUGAAAAGGAUGAGGAUGUGACGGAGCCUGAGGACAACGAAGAGAUGGAGGUCGAGCAUGGCUAUGGCAGUGAGGCUCGCUGGAGUUCAGACAACGAAGAGGGUAACGGCGACGAGGCGGACGAGGUCGACGUCGUUGAUUCUCCUCCACAAGUCAAGAAGCCUCGCCUGGCUGCGCGCGCCGAAGAACUUGCCCGCCAGUUACUCGAAGAAGACUCUGAUGAAGAGCUGUAG